CCUACAGCUUUAUCGUUAUCUCUGCUAAACGAGAUAAAAUUUUUGUUACUGUGAUGAAACGUGGUCACAGAGGAUCAGCAACGGCGUGGCAGCUAUGGGGCUGCGGAUAACGACGUGGAAUGUCAAUGGGAUUCGCAAUCCCUUCGGAUAUCAACCAUGGAGUUCGAAGCGCACAUUUGACGCUAUGUUCGAAAUAUUGGAGGCCGACAUUGUCGUCAUGCAGGAGCUUAAGAUACAAAGGAAGGAUCUUAAGGACGACAUGGUGCUUGUCCCUGGAUGGGACUGCUUCUUCAGCUUGCCUAAGCAUAAAAAGGGUAUAUUUAUUGCCUUCUCGAUAUACCUGGGCUCUUUUCUUCUCGAAAAACACUGAAAAAAAAGUUUUAGGCUACUCUGGAGUUGGCAUAUACAUACGACAAGCUGUUUGCCAGCCCAUCCGAGCCGAAGAGGGUCUGCUAGGCGUUUUGUGCCCCCCUGGGUCCAGCACUCCAUACCGAGAGUUACCUGCUGACGAUUCUAUUGGGGGCUAUCUUUCUUACAGCGAAAUGGCCGACCUUGGAGUAGACCCAGCGGUAUUGGAUGCAGAAGGUCGUUGUGUCGUACUCGAGUUUCCUGCUUUCGUUAUCUUUGGUGUGUACUGCCCUGCCAACACUCGCGGGGACGAUGCAGGUACGAUGUUCCGUCAUGCAUUCUGGGAGGCGCUAGAUAAGCGAAUUCGGAAAUUGGAUGCAAUGGGCAAACGCAUUAUUCUUGCUGGGGAUCUUAACAACGCCGUUUGUGAGCUUGACAUUGCAGGCUCUGAGGAGGACAAGCGGAAGGAGGGCAUAAGCCAUGAAGAAUUCAUAUCAACUCCGAGAAGGCGUAUCUUAAAUCAGCUCUUGGACGAUGGAGAGGUAAUUGGAGCGCGUGACAAAGGAAGAGAGAAAUCUGUUCUAUGGGAUGUUUGCCGUGCUUUUCACCCAAAACGGCAAGGUAUGUAUACACAUUGGGAUACCAAAAAGAACAUGCGGCCGGGCAACUUCGGCUCUAGAAUUGACUAUUUGCUUAUGUCUAUUUCUAUGAAGUCCUGGAUAACGGAUUCCAAUAUACAAGAAGGCUUGUUGGGCUCCGAUCACUGUCCAGUAUAUGCAGUCAUGAAUGACAUUGUCACAGUCGAUGGCUCAAAGAUAUACCUCAAGGAUAUGAUAAAUCCGCCGGGCGUAUUUAAGGAAGGAGAGAGACUAAAAGACAUUCCAGAAAAACCCACGCUCGCCUUCUCUGCGCGAUUGCUGCCGGAGUUCGACGUGAGUCAAAGACAGAGUAUCAAGGACAUGUUCACUCGACAGCCAUCCAUUUCCCAGAAACUCAAUACUACAUCAUCAUCGAACUCGCCAGACGCUAGCGCCUCUAAGUCAACGGGAUCAUCGAUGCAAGUGAUGAUGAACAGCUCAUCUACAGCCCAAUCACUGCAAAAAGCGGACUUGAUGAAGCGGAAAACUUCGGAUUCGGAUUCAGGCGGUGGAAAGACGAAAAGAUUUAAGUCGAUAGCAAGCACGACGCCAGCUCACCUUGGAAAGGGGCAAGGGACUUUGCGGUCCUUCUUUACACCCAAAGCUUCAUUUCAGCCAAGCACAAGUGCAGCAUCAGCGGCAUCAGCAGCAGUGAUUGAUUCGUCCUCGGAUCACGUGUCUAGCAUUGCAGACGCCAGAAUGAAGCAGUUAACGAGUGACAAAACAGCUGCUGCAAAGGUUAGCGAAGAGGCUCCCCCAACUCGCAUAGAUGCCUCCAAAGAUGCUCGGGAUUCUGAUAUUGCAAUCCAAGUGGCAGACGACACUCAGCUCUCCGAUAUUGUUGAGAAGCGCGCAAAGUCGAGCGAACAGUGGGGUAUGCUCAUGCGAAAGCCCAGCAUUCCAUUAUGUGAGGGUCAUGAAGAGCCUUGCAAAUCAUUGCAAACGAAGAAGAAGGGCGUCAAUUGUGGCAGAAUGUUUUAUAUCUGCGCUCGGCCUCUAGGCCCUUCAGGCGAGAAAGAGAAGAAUACGCAGUGGCGAUGUGGGACCUUUAUUUGGGCAAGUGACUGGCAAGGGGGCGCUGGCAAUAGUCGAUGAAAAUGCAAUAUCAUUGUCACGUCAAGAAGUGAAAGACAGGAGAGAUAGAUGUGAUCGACAGAUUUCAAAAGUUAAACGUCCGUGACAAUGAGAAUGUGAAUUUAGGCAUAGUGAUUAAAAGUCAUUUGACGAUAA